UUUGAAAUAAAAUAAUUUAAAAUAAAUGUCAAACGCCGGAAAAUUUUAUGAUCCAAUUCCUAAAAUCCCGCCUGCUGGGGUAACUACCACCAUAAAAGCUGAGGAUGCUGGCAGGUGUAUUCAGACUGACAAUUAUUACACAGCUCCUGAUACCCCACCUCAUAUUAAGAAAUACCGCAAAAGUUUUAAUAACCAGCCCGGAAUAAAGCAGCGUCAUUAUGGUUUAGUUGAUGAUCAACUUCCUGAUCAGACUUUUGGCAAAAAGACAUAUGGCUCUGAACACGUUGAUGAAGUCAUCAAGGCUCAGAACCUUGCUAGCCUCGCAGAUUACAAUAAUGACCUCAAAGAGGGGAAAUACCACUCUCACAUUCAUGAACCUCUGGGUAAGUCGUACCAGAGAGGUUAUAAAUUCCCAGAUGCUGUGAACAAAGGUGAGUUCCAAUUUGGUGUUCCUACUGACUUCAGUGAGUCUGCCAAGGACGUCCUUUAUCCAGAAGAUGGACACAGAGAAGCUAAGAAUAGGAAAGAAGACCCUGCCAUUCAAAAAGAGAGGAAUUAUAACUGGAAUAUGGACCAUACUAAGCAUAAAUUUGGAUAUGCUGAAACCAAGGUUUUGAAUGGUGCUGCUCAUAGCCUUCAUCCUGAAAGAUUAGAAAGUAAAUUCCCUAAAACUGUUAUUGUUAAGAGAACUGUUGAAGAUUUCAAACAAGUAUCCCACGAUAUUCUUGGUAAAUCGAAGAAUCUUGGUCAAGGAGAAGCUCCUAUUGAUAAGGACCAAGCAUUUGGAGUAUCUAUCAUUGGAAAUGAUGCGUGGAAUGCUGCCAAAUGAAUUCACGGAGAGCCAGGAGAAAAAGAAAUUCAACCAGACCAUGAUCUUGGAAGAAGCACUAAACCUGGCUGUAUGAAUGAAGUAAGAAAUGAGCAAGACAUUAACCGAGUUUUUGGAACUCCCUCGAUUAGACUUGAUAUUCCGUACAAAGAAAAGAAAUCUGUGGCUGAUCACCAAAAUUAUGGAGAUGAGCCAGAUGCUGUUGAUUUAUUAUUUCCAACAACAUUCACUGAACUCGGAAUUUCAGAAUACGACUUCUCAGCUCUGAGACCCAGAGAUUCUAUCAAGGAUCUAUUCUCCAAAAUUGGUUACUCUUACAAAAUAGGUAAAUUCAAUGCAAUGUUCAACAAAGCUAGAGAGUUAGACAACACAACAUCAGAUAUGUGCUCAGUGAGAUCCUUCAUUAAAAUUGUUGAAGAGAUGAACGAUAUUGAGUAG